GACGUGACGUCACAGAUACUUCCAAUGACCAAAUAAGGAACGUGACACAUUAAAGUGGAAAUUUUUUUCGGCGCAAAUUUGAAUACACGAACGGAGACGGUGUCCUCUGUGUGUGUCCGUUAGCGAAGAAGAAGCAACACAACAACGACAAAGUAACACAAUUCGUGUGGACAUUGACGGACUGGGUUGUUAGUGGACUUUUUCUGGAGGAGGAAAAGAGGAAGCAGUUCCGCCCUCACGAGCCGACGUGAGGCCGAAAAGCAGACCAAAGCAGCAAAGAAGUCGACAGGGUUUGGCGUCAAAGAUCUUAACUUAAGGCAAACUUUUUGUCUCUUUAGCGGACAUCCUUGUCAAUUCCUUCUCUUUUCGGCGGUGGUGCGUUUGCGUUUAACCCCUAAAAAUGACUUUUAUCCUGCCGAGCAUAAAGUUCUUCUGAUACUUCAGUCUGCCUCGAUAUCACCUACUAGCUACUACUAGCAUUUAGCUUAGCUGCUUAUUAAUUGACUGAUUUUUUUAACAUCCGGAAAAGGACCCAGUUAAAAAAACUGCGAUGAGCGGAGAAGAGGAAAGAUUCAAGCUGGUGGUGGUGGGAGGUGGAGGAGUGGGAAAGAGUGCCCUGACCAUCCAGUUCAUUCAGUCGUACUUUGUGUCCGACUACGACCCCACCAUUGAAGACUCCUACACUAAGAUCUGCAAUGUGGAUGGAAAAGACACCCGCCUGGACAUCUUAGAUACGGCAGGUCAGGAGGAAUUUGGCGCGAUGAGAGAGCAGUACAUGCGCUCAGGAGAGGGCUUCUUGCUAGUGUUUGCACUCAACGACCGAGGGAGCUACCAUGAGGUCCAGAAGUUUCACACUCAGAUCCUUAGAGUGAAAGAUCGAGAUGACUUCCCCAUGCUUCUGGUUGGAAACAAGGCAGACCUGGAGCAGCAAAGAGUGAUUUCCAGGGAGGAUGCUCAGGCAUUUGCCAGAGAGAAUAAGAUCCACUAUAUGGAGGCCUCAGCUAAGAACCGCUACAAUGUGGAUGAAACCUUUCUGGAGCUGGUGCGAAUUAUCAGAAAGUUUCAGGAAAUGGAGAGUCCUCCGCCUCCGGCACAUCAUGCUGGGAAAAAGCAGCGCAGUAACUGCCCUUGCGUCCUCCUCUAAGUGCCUUUACCAUGGACACCAAAGCCUCUGCAGGUGGUCAGAAAAAAAUAAUUGUUGUGCAGGAGAGAUAGAACUAAGGUGCAUCAUUUUCUCCACAAAUGCUUUCAUUUGCACUUUUCCCAAAAGCAAAUCAACAUAGUUUAAUUUAGUGUGAAGCUUUGAACAGCAGCAGAAAUAGUUCAAGUUAUCGAUCGCGACAUCAUCACGCGUUAUUGGGUGUGAGCACUUGCAGGUACGGAUGUCAGCAUAGACAUCAUCAAAUGUAUGUAACAUGUACAUAGUGCAGUACAUAGUACAUACUUACAUAGGUACGCUGACAAACUGCCAAAGCAGAGAAUCAGUUUGGAGAAAAGUAAAUAGCAUGGUAGUAAGGUUGAGCGUGACAUGCCCAGUCUGGACACAGCAAAUGCUGUCAUGCUCUAAGCUGGCCUGUAGGAGGCAACACCAGCAUUACCACAACACAGCACACCUCACCUCACAGCAGCAGUGGAUGUUUGGUCGGGAUGUUUGCCGAUGGCCAUACUUUUCACUUCACAUUUUUCAACAUCAUUUCAUUAUUUUGUUAAUAUAUAUUUUUUAACUUUAUUUUGUUAUAAUCAUGAUUUUAAUCAGAAUAAAACACAGGAGAAAGAUUUUAGGCAAGCAAAAAAAAUCAGUUUUUAUCAACAAGCCUAUAAGACUAUGUAACAUUAUCAACAAAAUAUUAUAAGUAUUCCCUUUUAUUACAUACAAUUGUUUGAGCAAAAUACUGCUCUCUUGUGUUCAAAGUUUGUAAACAGUAUGACUAUAUAUAUAUCAAUCUCAAUAAUGUAACAUAUGAACACCAAAAAAUGCACAUCCUUGUGAACAUAAAUGUAGCCAAGAACUUAAAAAUACAGAUCUCAUCACACUAGUAUUAAUCCCAAACUGAUAAAAAAUGUUCCAGACACAACGAUAUGAACAAAAUACAUUUUAUAGACAGUGAGAAAUAAUUAUAACUGACGAAUGAAAAGGACUUGAGCAGAACGAUACGGUUUGGCUUACCGUCUGAAUGUAGAUGAGGUAUGCAUAUUCCACACAUAUACAGAAUGACUGUCUAGUGUCACUACUUUGCGUUGUAGCCAUAUUUCUAUUUUUUCUAUGUGCUAUAUUCAUAUUUUCACUUAACUCCACAUCUGCUUGACAGCAAAAACACAAAUAAUUUAUUUUUUAUAUUGUAAAUACAGUAUGGGGUUCAUUCAUUUCAACAGGGUAAAAUUAUCUACAUUUUCUGUUCUUGUACAAGUGGAUUUUUUAAAUUCAUGCAGUUUUUACAUCAUUCAAUGCCAUUGUUAUUUCUAAAUUGGUUUACAUGAUUAUUCAUGAUCAUACCUUCAGUCAGGGGUGUCCACCCUCCAUGGAGGGUCUAUUUUGAUGAUGCUAAAGCCCUGCAAAGCUGUCUUUGCUUUGUAUUUAUUACUGUUAAGCAAAUUAGUGUAACAUCUAAUAAUCAUUAACUCAUUCAAUCCCAGGCAUAUUUCAAAAUUCAAUCCCUUCACUACUGGCCAUUUUAGAUGAUUUUGACUGGUACAAGGCAAGUAUAUUCUGUUAUGGCUGUAUAAUAAUGGAACCUACCAAAAGAAAGAUCAAACUCUCAUCUUUCAUCAGAAAAAAGUAUUUUUCUACCUUUUUACGUUCUUUAGUAGUCAGCAGUAGAACAUAGGUAGGUUUCAGGCAAAUAUUAGUUCGUCAGGGGAAAAAAGGGAGAAAAACGGCUACAUUUCAAGCAAACAACCGCACCACAACAUGAACAACAAAAAAAGGGUUGUUUUACAUCCAAUUUAUUUGCAAAUUUAACACAAAGAAUUAUUUCAAGUAUUUAUAUUUGAACUAAACUGUGUACGUACGUGUUUGUGCAUGUGUUAAAAUUUUGCUACAAUGCAUAAGCUUCUACACGCAACACUCCUCCACUCUCUAUCACUUCCUUCUUGCUGUUGAGCAUGUUAAUACUCGACUGUAAAACGAUAUGUAAAUGUGUCUUUGGGAUUGAAUGAGUUAAUCAUGAAUUUACAGUAUUUAUUUUUACAACGUGCAGAGAGACUAUAAAAAUGAGCUGCAUGCCAAAAAUGCCCCACGGGCCGCACUAUGGACACCACUGCUUUGGGUUGAGUUGAUGUUUAAGAUGCAGUAUUCCCAUACAGAAAUGUUCCCUGAAGAAGCUAGUAAGGAUAACGUACAUUAUGUUCAAUAUCUUGUCUGUAAUAUUUUAUGAAUGCUGCCAUAGAUUUCAUGUUAGACAGGAACCAACAAUGUUUCUACAAUAUUUGGACUCAUACUCAAUUCUGCUACUACAGACUAAAUUAUAGUAACUUUAUACCAUAUUUUUAGUAUACAAUCAAAUACAAAUUAGUUAAAAUUUUAUUCACAAAAAUGAUUAUUCAUAUGGACAGCCAGAGAAGAGUUGGGGAAAAUAUAUUGGGAUUUUUUUUAUUUCUCUAAUAAACCUAUUUUAUUCAUCUAUAAUGCUUUGGGCAACAUGAAUUUACAUUUUUAUAUUAUAAACUGCAAUUAAACUGUUUUACAUUGAC